AUGAACUCCACCCAGCCCCAUGGAAUGCACACCUCUCUCCACUCCUGGAACCGCAGCGCCCACGGACUGCCCGCCAAUGUCAGUGAGUCCCUGGCAAAAGGCUACUCGGACGGGGGGUGCUACGAGCAGCUCUUUGUCUCUCCCGAGGUGUUCGUGACUCUGGGGGUCAUCAGCCUGCUGGAGAAUGUCCUGGUCAUUGUGGCCAUAGCUAAGAACAAGAAUCUGCACUCACCCAUGUACUUUUUCAUCUGCAGCCUGGCUGUGGCCGACAUGCUGGUGAGCGUUUCCAACGGGUCGGAGACCAUUGUCAUCACCCUGCUGAACACCACGGACACGGACGCGCAGAGGUUCACGGUGAAUAUUGACAACGUCAUAGACUCGGUGAUCUGUAGCUCCUUGCUUGCCUCCAUCUGCAGCCUGCUGUCGAUCGCGGUGGACAGGUACUUCACCAUCUUCUACGCGCUCCAGUACCAUAACAUCAUGACGGUGAGGCGGGUGGCGGUCAUCAUCAGCGCCAUCUGGGCAGCCUGCACGGUGUCGGGCGUCCUGUUCAUCAUUUACUCAGACAGCAGUGCCGUGAUCAUCUGCCUCAUCACCGUGUUCUUCACCAUGCUGGCUCUCAUGGCGUCUCUCUACGUCCACAUGUUCCUCAUGGCCAGACUCCACAUUAAGAGGAUCGCGGUCCUGCCAGGCACCGGCGCCGUGCGCCAGGGCGCCAACAUGAAGGGGGCGAUCACGCUGACCAUACUGAUCGGGGUCUUUGUGGUCUGCUGGGCCCCCUUCUUCCUGCACCUGAUAUUCUACAUCUCCUGCCCCCAGAACCCAUACUGUCUGUGCUUCAUGUCCCACUUUAACUUGUACCUCAUCCUCAUCAUGUGUAACUCCGUCAUCGACCCUCUGAUUUAUGCUCUCCGGAGCCAAGAACUGAGGAAAACCUUCAAAGAGAUCAUCUGUUGCUCUCCUCUAGGGGGCCUCUGUGAUUUGUCUAGCAGAUAUUAA